AUGAUGUCGAUUGCCGGUGGCUUUCUGGUUCCAUUCAAAACUAAAGGAAGUCUUCGAUUAGUAGACUUGUCCAACGGUACCCCACAACGACCAAUGGAAAUUACAACUGGAUCGGACGAUCACCACUGGUUUUACCACCGAGUAUUAUGGCUCGAUAUGAAUGGAGAUGGAAAGAAAGACGCGGUUACGUGUCGGGCCAAAAAAUCACUUCUGGGUGGCGGUAGUGGACAGUUAGUUUGGUAUGAACAUCCACAGAGUGAUAGCAUCAGUAAUCCGUGGCACCAUUUUAUCAUUGCUGACCAUUCGGACACGUUCCUUGAUAUAUCAACAUUGACCACACCUGCAGGGACCAAUACUGUCAUAGUAACAACUGGAUUCUUUUCAAAUCAACUGAAAAUCUACUGGACAACAGAUCCUGCAGGAAAAUGGACGGACACUCUCAAGAUUAAAUCAAAAGUGAUUGAGGAGCAUAUUGGUCACGUGUUUGAUGUACAGAUUGUUGACGUAAAUAAUGAUGGGAAAUCAGAUUUAUUAGUCACCUCAAAUGGCCUUAGUAAUACCGCCGUCUAUGUUUACGAAAUACCAGCGGAUUUCAGAACGCAAACUUUUACUCGACACACAAUCAUGACAGGUUUCAAAUCUCACAAUCUACUUCCCGGUGGUGGUGCACCAGGAUCAGCUAGAACUAUUAGGAAUCCAUCUACAAACAAUGGGAAGCCCCUGAUUUUAUUGUCCGGUGACGAUGACAGCCAUGCUUACAUCUUAAAUGCAGUUUCUGAAAGUGUAUCUGAUUGGUCAUAUCAGUCAAAUAAGAUACUAGAUACAAAAGGCGGUACUGUUGGUGGAAUCACGUCACAUGAUAUAGAUGGAGAUGGGUAUCUUGAGAUAUUCGUUCCUGCAUAUUCAAAUAGUUUGAUACAUAUUUACAAACUUUUACCGUAAAUUAAACAUUUCAUA